UGUUGUACGCGCGUGACAGUUCACUAACUUCGCAACAUGUGCGACGCUACUGCGCACGCAUACAAGAAGGUUCGUCAUCGCCUUUGUUGUUUUCGUUUUCGAUUGUGCAUCGAACAAACGACUCGCGCAACGAGUCACGAUCUUUCUUUCCAAAUCUGUUGACACAAUCGUAAUGUGACAAACGCACACGAGCUUUGUCUCUCCCUCUCUCCGUUGUUGCGGAAAUAGGACCAGUAUUUAGUUUGGGAUCGCCGAUCGUUCCAAAAGACAAUCACGUUCGGAAAAUUCGAGAAGAGAUCGGAUCGAACAAACGAUUUUUACGUGUUUUUUUUUUCGUGUACGUACGUAUAUAUAUAUCUUCUCAACGGAGUGUCUGUUUCGUGUUCGUGAGAUGAGCGAUGACUACUGCUGCGGAAUCUCUUGAGAGAUUUUAACACAGCUCUUAUAUAUAUUGAGUAUUUUGAAAAGAAGAAUACGAAGAAGAUAAUUAAAAACACAUUCGAACAUGUGGAAACCCUUUGAAGCUGGCAGCUCGCCGGUGGACUGGUGCGAGGGCAACUACAACAUCUCGCCUAGCAUCGCCGAAUUUGUGAACACGUUCAGUAAUGUGGUCUUCCUGUUGCUUCCACCCGUUCUGAUGCACUUGUUUAGAGAUUAUGGACGCUUUGUGAAUCCGGGGAUUCACAUAAUUUGGUUCUUACUAAUGAUAGUUGGACUUAGCAGUGCGUAUUUUCACGCUACUUUGUCACUAAUAGGUCAACUAUUGGACGAAUUGGCCAUUCUGUGGGUGUACAUGGCAGGCUUUUGUAUGUUCUUUCCGCGAAGAUAUUUUCCAAACAUAUUUCACAACAACAGAAAGUUGUUAUCCAUAUGCGCAACGUUACCGACCCUGGUUGCCACCGGCCUGGCCUUGAUACAUCCGGCUGUAAAUGCUUUUGCGUUAAUGAGUCUGGGCAUACCGGCGUUUGGAUUCUUAAUCAUAGAACUGAAGAGGACCACGUCGAUGAGAGUAUACAGACUGGGAUUGCGAUGUGGCGCUGUGUGGAUUCUCGCGGUGGUUUGUUGGUUGAACGAUCGUCUGUUCUGCGACACGUGGCUGAAUCUGAAUUUUCCUUACCUCCACGCGCUCUGGCACUUGUUUAUCUUCAUUGCGAGUUACACCGCAGCGGUGCUUUUUGCAUACUUUGCCGUGCGGGACGAAAAGCCGCAACAAUCGCCGGUACUCAGAUAUUGGCCCAAGGACGAUUUUGAACUCGGUAUACCGUAUGUGACUAUUCGAAGCUACAUGAAGUUAGAUUACAAUUCGAAACACAUUGCCUCAGAUAUAUAGCUGUAUCUUGGCUAACGCUCUGCAAUUAUCAAAGACUGUAAUUACUAUAUAUCGUUAUGUGCAAUAUCUGAGUUAUUUUUACAUUUAAAGGUCUGAGCACAAGAUAGAGAAAAUAUUAGGAAUAAGAAUUAGAAAUAGAGGAGUUAAAUGUGCUAUACAAUGACAAGAAAUAAAAUAUAACAUAUGAAUACAGGAAGUAUUUGUCAUGGCUCCAUAAUAUACAGCCUAUAUUUAUAUACAUUUAUAUGUUAUAUUUUAUUUUUUCGCAUUGUGCAUUACAUUUAACCUUUGUUUUUAAAAUUUCUAUUCCUGUAUAUAAUAUUUUCUCUAUUGGAGCUUUAGACCUUAAGGCCUUGCGCACAAUAGAUAGAAAAUAUUGGGACUUGGAAGAAAUAAGGGCCUGAGCGCAAUAGAGAAAAUAUUAGGAAUAAGAAUUAGAAAUGGAAGUUAAAUGUACUAUAGGAUAAAAGAUCCCAUUACUGUCACCUGUCCAAUUACUGUCACUCUAAGCUAUUUUAUUUAAAAUAUUAAAUAAAUCCUAAAAAAGUAAUUAAAAAGGCCGA